CUUCCCCUUCUCUCGAGGAUUCCGCCGAGGUUUGCUGGGUAUCCAUUCUCGCACCUUCCCCCGAUCCCUUACAGAACAUCGACCCUACCUAUGGAUUGUCGAUGAGACGACAUGGCUCAAUCAGGGUCGUCCGGUGCAGAUGGCCUGGAACCCAUGUCCCGUCCCCACAGCUUAAGGACUCGUGCCAGUCGCGCACCCCGUGUUCGAGCCUGCGCAGAAUGCAGGAGACACAAGAUCAGGUGCGAGGUGAGACGUGGAGAGCUGGCCUGUGCCCGGUGUCUCCGUACCGGCCUCGAAUGUGUGCCUCAUGACCCUUCCCAAAAACUGCAAGAGGAAGAUGCGGCAUGGAAAGCUCAAGCAACAGCCCAGAUCCAUCAACUGCAGUCUGCUGUCAAAGCACUCCUUCAGCGGGAUCACCUCCCAGAUCUGAACAAUUUUCCCGAGAAUGUGUCUGCUUCUGUCUCCGUUAGUCCCGCGGACUCCGCCCUAAAGAACAUGUCGACAACGGAAUCCGUCAUAGCCCCGAUCGAUGCGAGAGAUGACGACUCGUCCGACCGCCAGAAUGACGACGACCCCGGUCUCGUGCAAGCACCCAUGAGUAACCUAUACGAGCUUACGAAAGCCUCGAACCCCAGCCAUCAGGCCAGCGUUCUGGCGCGACAGCAGACGAAUCCCAUCGAAGAAGACUUGAUAGCAAGGGGCAUCGUGUCUCUUUCCGAGGCCGAGAAGCUCUUCGCGAGGUUCAUGAAGAACCACAAUCCCCUCCUAUGGGGCGGCAUCAUCCUCCCGCACCGGACCUUCCACGAGGUCCGCCGAGUCUCCAUGCUGCUAUCGACAGCCGUCAUGACCAUAGCCGCCCUCCACACCGCCGGGUGCGCCGACACGCUACAACGAUGCUACGACGCUUUCGUAUCCCUUGUCAGCAGCUCGUGCCUAUCAAGGAACCAUAACCUGGACGACGUCCGCGCCCUGUGCCUCGGCGCCUUCUACCUCCCCAACCUCAGCUGGCGGAUAUCAGGCCAAGCCGUCCGCAUGGCCGCCGAGAUGAACGUCCACCACUCCUUCCAGAAGCUCCUCGGCGGCGACGUCCGCCACGCCGAGCGCGUGAGGCUGUGGUACGCCCUCUACGUGUGCGACCGGCACUUCAGCAUCGCCUACGGUCGACCCUCGUCCAUGUGCGACGACGCCGCAGUGCGCGGUGUCGAGCGCUUCAUCGAGCUGAAUCCGGCCCUCGUCCCGGGCGACAUCCGCAUAUCGGCCCAGGUCGCCCUCUUCAAGAUCCUCACCGACGCCCACCAGGAGUUUGGCAGUGACCAGACCCAGCCCCUGACCGAGCAGGACCUCGACAAGCUGCGCGGCUUCAAUAUCGCCAUCGAGCAGUGGCGGCUCUUCUGGCAGCCCCGCUCCGCCGAUAUGACGGGUAUCGGGACGUACCCUUCCAAGGGAGUAGUGCUCUAUUACCAUUUCGCCCGCUUCCAACUUAACUCCCUCGCCCUGCGCGGCCUCCAGUGGCCCAGUAGCAGCGGCAGCAGCAGCAGCAGCAGCAGCGACGAAAAACAACAACAAAAUCACCACCCGGAGCCGCCGCCGGCCGUGUGGCUGAACCGUCGCGAGGCCGCCAUGGCUGCCAUAUCUGCCGCGACGAGCACCCUCGUCACCAUCGUUGCCGAGGAGGACAUUCGCCGCGCCCUCACCGGCGUGCCCCUCUUCACGCAUGCCCAAGUGGCAUUCUGCGCGACGUUUCUGCUCAAGAUCGCGGCGAUAUGGGCGCGCGGCGGUGAGGAUAGCCUGUCGCAGGUAUUAGGUCUGGGAUUCAACCUGGCUGAAGUGCUCUCGCUCACGCGCCGGUCCGCCGAGGUCCUCUCCGAAGUGUCGGAGCAGGUCAGCGAGAAGCACCUUACCAGGAUCGUGGUGGCGGGGAUUCAGGAGAUGAUGCAUCGCGUCAAGUUGCCUGAAGCUGAAGGACACGAUGGUGUUGCUUCGGGUGCUGGUACGGCUUCUGCCGCAAAGUCCAAUGGUGAGCAUCCCGCGCUUGGGCGUCCGCCGGCCGGUACGGAUCUCAGGAACACGGGUGCCGCGGCGGAUUUUGCCAUGGAGCAGAUGGGCGAUGGUGCCCAGGACAUGAUGUACAGUAUGGACUUGGACAGUCUGGUGGGGUUACUGGAGUACGGAUCGGAUCAGUUCUUGGAUACCAAUGAUUUUGGGACUGGGUACUGGGGCCCGCCGGUUUAAGGGCGCACAUAUCAAGUGCUGGCUAAUAUACUGUCACUUUCGAGGUUGAGGACUCCGAGGACCCGGAUCUCGGGUGCAGCUGCAGGU